AUGGAACCAUUCAGUGGCAAGUUUGGCCUCAUAAUACCAGAAAAGAAGAAGGGCCCAUCAGCAUCCCAAGCUGCUAGAAUAGCCUUCAAGCAAAAGCUAUCCAAAAACCCACUCUUUACCGGUAGUAAAUCAGACGACGAAGACGACAAUGACACUGAACUAGGCCAGCAACGAAUCAAUAAAGAGCUACGAGCAGUCCAGUCAUCCAGAUCGUCAGCUGUAGAACAAGAACACGCCAAAGCACUAGAAGAAGAUCCAACUGUAUUUGACUAUGAUGGUGUCUAUGAAACAUUAAAAUCCGCUGAAGACUCGAAACGUAAGCAGCGCUCUCAAGGAGGAGGAGGAGACUCUGGAGGAGACCGUAAACCACGAUAUAUGGCGAAUCUCAUCAAGGCUGCUGAAGCCCGUAAACUAGAGUCUGAACGAGUGGAGGAACGAAAAGUACAACGGGAACGAGAAGCUGAGGGUGAAAUGUAUGCAGACAAGGAAAAGUUUGUGACUGCUGCUUUUAGGGAACGUCAGGCAGAGCUCAAGAGGCUGGAAGAAGAAGAAAAGAAGAAGGAGGCGCUAGAAUCUGAUGUUACGAAAAGGAAGGACUUGACGGGCUUCUAUCGUGAUAUGCUAAACAAGACUACAGCUGAUAGAUCUGUCGUUAUAAAUCCAACCAAUAGUAAUAGCAUAAAACCCAUAGCAGUCAAAGAUGAUGAUGCCGACGACGAUGAAGUGAAACUUCUAGUCAAGAAGGCUAUAUCAUCUGGUCAAGUCAAAGUAAAUGAUUCAGAAGAAGUCGUUGACAAACGGCAACUAUUAGGAGCUGGUCUAAACGUAUCACGUAAAAAGACUCAGGAGAUUGCUGAUGAAGAAGCCAGACGAGCUCGUCAAGAAGAAGAAGAUAGGAAACGCCAGUUACAACGACAAGCUGAUGAAGAAGCUCGUCGAAAGAAACGAGAAUUGGAAGAUCGCAAACGAGAAGCGGAACGCAGGGCUCGUGAAUUGCUCGAGUCUCAAGCUACAGAGGCUCAGGAAAAAUCCAAACGGGAACGAGAAGAGGAGAAGGAGUCUCUUGCUAAAAAGAUGGCAAAGAAGGCUACUGAAGCUGAUGUAUCAGAUGCUCGAGCAAGAUACUUGGCAAGGAAAAACCAAAAACCAGCUGCCAAAGAAGCAUCAGACUCGGAUGAUGAUUGA